UAGGGGGCAUUGGGAUUGAUAGGGAUGUUUCCAACAUGGCGGCAUCCAUUUCAGGCUACACUUUCAGUUCUGUGUGUUAUCACAGCGCUAACAGCAACUCAGAUCAUGAGGGCUUCCUAUUAGGAGAUGUAAGGCAGGAAGAGACUGUCAGCAUCAGUGAUGCACAGAUUAGCAGUUCGGAGCUGCUGCAGGUAGUAGAAAUUCAUAAUCAUGACCCUUGUGCACAUUUAUUUAGCUUUUAUGACUUCGCAGGUAAAAUCAGCGAAGAAAAUCUCAACAGCAUUCUUAAAGAUAGGCGAAAAAAUGUCAUCGGUUGGUAUCGAUUCCGGAGGAACACGCAGCAGCAGAUGACGUUCAGGGAGCAGAUCAUCCACAAACAGCUCACUCAGCUGCUCGGUGUGCCCGACCUCGUCUUCCUUCUUUUUAGCUUCAUCUCUACAGCCAACAGCUCCACGCACGCACUGGAGUAUGUGCUCUUCAGGCCGAACCGAAGUAGGUACAACCAGAGGAUUAUACUCACGAUCCCAAAUCUCGGCAACACAAGCCAGCAGGAAUACAAACUCUCCUCAGUACCCAACACCUCACUCAACUAUGCCAAGGUCAUCAAAGAGCACGGCGCCGAGUUCUUUGACAAAGAUGGUGUAAUGAAGGAUAUCCGAACAAUAUUCCAAGUCUACAGUGCGCUACAAGACAAAGUGCAGGCUGUUUGUGGAGAGGUGGAGCAAAGUGAACGUGUCAGAGAAAAACUUCAAGACGAGGUGAACAAACUCAAACAGCAGAUCGCUCUCAGGAAACGCUUAGCUGCAGAGGAGGAAAGAAGACUCCGUGAGGACUCCCGCUCCCCGCCUGAGGAGAACACGGAACCCUGCGAGGCGUCCUCCAUUCUUUCCAGAAUAGCUUUUGACGCACCCUCGGCCCCGGAGCGACCCAGCACCUCACCAAACCCCCCGUCGUACACUGACCUCUUAUCCCAAGACGACAAUCUGCUCUCCUCCUCUACCCCGCCGACCAGGGCUGCUCUGUUGCCUCGGCCCCAAGCCGUGGGCUCACCGGGUCACCCAUCCCCGGCCCCUGUCCAGACGGACCUGGGACUCGGUCUCAGGCAAGGCAUGGGCCUCGGUGCCAGUUUGAGCCCUGUUAGCACUCCCAGCACCCCGUACCUCGGCAACGGCGAUGGAUCAAGCUCCGAUUCUUUAGACAGACAAGCUGCUGGGCAAGAGGAUGACGAUGACGAGGAGGAGGACGAAGACGACGCGGACGAGGACAGUAGUGAAUACGAGAACUUGGUGAGCGAAGGGUCUCAUUUGCCUCUGGUCUCAGCCAGCGUUUUAGCUCAAGGCCGACCGGCUGCCCUCGGCCCUGACGGCGACGCCCGCGACUCACAAAUGACAUAGAAACACGCUACGGGAUGAGAGAGGGACACACGUCAGCGGCACACCUGUUGGCGGUGGGAAUCUGAAACAAUCAAAGAUGAGCAAAUGUAGACAAAAGGAAGUGCCAGUCCUGAAAGUGAAAGGCAUUCACACAUGGUUUCCCACGGUGUAGGUCGGUCAUAUUUUAGGGGAAUCCUUGCAAGGCUUUGCAGAUAUGUCUCACUGGGGUAAAAAAAAAAAAAAAAAAAAAACUUGUCGUUUUUUUGUUUGUUUUUUUACAUAUAUAUAUAUUCUUGAGGCCAUUCAAGGUACUUAAAUGUGGACCUGUCUGAUUUCCGAGUCAGAUGUGGAUUCAACAAAGCAAUUUCUGCCAGCUGGUUGGCUAACUUGCUUGUGAUAAAACAGCUCUACACUCUUUACGUAUGUUUUUCUGCAUUCUUUGUGUCGCGUUUGCAUCAAAAGCUGAAGCGUCAUUUUUCGCAUUACUUCUUGCACAAUUUAUUUUUUAAUUCCUUUUUUUUUCCCCCUUUUGAGCAAUCCCUUUAAGAAAGUAAAGGGACAUGUUCUGCUGCCUUUAACUAAUAUUAAACGAAGGCAAAUGAUUACUGACUUAUUUGACUCUGUUCUACAGUGUCCGAUGAUUAAAGUUGCCUGUUUAAACGAUGAAUAGAUUUCAAGUCAAAUUUACUCUGCCACUUCCAUAAUAGGUGCUUUAUAUUCAUAAUAUGUACGUAUAUGUAUUGUCACAUUAACAGUUUCUCUACUUUGACUGGGAAUAUUAGUGACUCGUCUCUAGGAUUAUGUUCAUGUGUUUUGCUGCACUUAAAACUUAAGAUUCCUUUCUAUUUUUGCUUUACCAAUGCUGACAUAUUGUGUCGUUUUUACAGUCUCGGCUUUCUCCCCCCCCUCUGUCUUUAUUUUCAUUGUACAGGGUUCACGGGGCAAACACGGUGUACUGUAGCUUUACUAACAAAAUGCUUAAAGUUCCCUUUGCUGCUGCAACACAGAGAGAGAGCCACUAGUAAAAGUUGCUUCUGUCUGUUCGUUUUUCAUAUAAACACCUGGCUGCUACCUUCAUUUUUACUGUGCUGGUUGUCUCAAUACUACUGACUGUGCUCAUAUAGCCACUUCCAACACACUUUAUUACUGGAGCGUCUCUAUGAAAGCUGUAAAGAAAGGCGUCUGGAGUGUGUCAAUUUUAACAGUGGGAAUUAAUCUCUUUGCCUUCUUAGUUUGCUUAGUUAACAGCAGUGCUAACGCAUUCUCAUCUGCUUGGGCCGACGUUGCGUGUGUGGACCUAGAUAAUGUGAUUUAAUUUUUUUUCUUCCCAUAAAACAUGACCCUGCUUUAGUAUACAGUGCCUUCCACUCUGGGCAGUCUGUGUCUGCGCUCAGAAUCAAGAUUUUAGUAGAGCAGUGAAAGUAGAUAAACAUCUUCUGUCUUUUCCAUUAUCAGCUUCCAGAGGGUUGGUUUUUUUUUUUUUUUUUUUUUUUUUUUUUUACUUUAAGGUACUGCAUCUAUUUCUUCACUGCCUAAAUAUUUUCCAUGUAAUAGGCAUGGGCCGGUUCAAUUUCAAUAAAAAGAAAAUACUAUGGUAUCAAUUUAUCUCAAAAAAGAUUUAAAACAAAUGAUCAAAAUCAAUUCGUUAACAAAGCAAAGGCAAUAGUUUUUACUGCUACUGAAAUAAUCUUCCUAUGUUGACUGUUACAGGUAUAAUAACAUAAAAAUAACUGAAACCUCAGUUAUUUUAAUUUGGUGCAUGGACUACUACGCUACUCCUUUUGUGACAGUGCCAUGAUUUAUGUGUUAGUGCUGUGUGUGCUUUUCGUAAUGGGAAAUGGUUACAAAUGGCUUAAUUUGUUUGGUAUAAGCAAGGGAAAAGUGCUGUAGCUUCUUUCAGGAAGCUGGCUGGCAGUGCACAGUAAAAGAGGAGAGUGCCACCCUGAGCUCUUCUGUGCUCUACAUAGCACAGUCUUAAGAGUUUUGGGUCAUUAGGUCAGUAAUUCUCAAAGUAUAACCUUGAGUAAAGACAGUUUUUCAGUAUUUACAAAAACUAGAUUGUGCAACAUAACUAAAGCAAAAAAAUACAUAGAGAGCAAACUGUCUGCUUCUUAACGAACACGACUCCCUGAGAGCUGUUUGCAAAAUGUGACUUUAUGAAAACUGGAAAUAUUUACAGAUUGGAUGUUAUUCUUGCCAUCAUGAAGUCUCUGAAAACUGCCAUUUUCUUUCGCAUAUUUUACAAGAUUUAAAAACCGUAGCUUUUUAAAACUUCAGAAUACAAUGAACAUAUAGGUAAAUGGCCCAUGCCUAUUGUCUACCUGCAUCCCGAGUUUAUUUCUCUUGCUGUCUGGAAUGACUUUUGUAUCUUAAAGUUGCAAUGUUGGUUUGGUUGCCUAAUUGCUUGAAACUGGAAAUGCAGCCAAGUCCAACGAACUGAGAAGCCUUAAAGAAAAAGUUGAUGACUGACAUUUAGAUCAAUGCGUUUGCAGACGGCGCCCACAGGAGCGGUGGAUAACUGGGUUGCGGAACACUUUUUGCAUGAACCGGUGAUUUCUAGACACUGUUAAAUUUAGCAUGGACUCAUGCUUGCACUGCACCGGAUAUAUUUUGUGGAGAGGAGAGGUUUUGUCUUGUGAACAAGCUCGGCUUUAUUUAGGCACUCGGUUGGUAUGUCUUUUUUUUUUUUUCUUGUGUGUUUUGUUUUAUUUAGUUUUCCCUUGCCCUGAUGUGUAAUGCCAAUGCAUCACUGACUAGGAACUGGCACUCAAAAUGACCUAGAGUAACAAUCGUGCAAAGAAAAAUGAAAUGACUUGAAUGAGCUUUUCAGGAGUGCAAUUUCCUUGGAAUACUGAAUUAAGGAAAUAAAUAAUGAAUGUAUAUUAGACAGUAGUGGAUAACAUAUAAACAGCACUUACUGUACUGUAUAAGCUUGUCUCAGAUGAGUGAUGUGAAGGUAUAGAGCAACAUUUCUCAGAGAUUGUCCUCAUAAUCUUUGUUCUUCACACCCUCUGAUAAAAGCUUCGUGGGCGUUGGCCCGGGUGAAACCUUUGCAGCUCCCUGGUGCAGAAGAUUGACCAUAUGUGAGAAUCUACACUGUUUAGAUCGACAUGUUUUCAAGUUACAGCAUAAUCCAAAUGUAUACUCACGUACUCUCACUGUACGAGGUGACCUUUUGCUUCCUCCGUGGAGUGGACCGUAACAUAAUCACCUCACCUUAAAGCACAAAGUUCAGUGCACACACCUUAGAUCAGGGGACCGACUUUGGACACCCCUGCCUUAGAUCUUCUGGAAUUUUAUCUGGAUUUGUGUAUAUGAUGAAAGUUGACCAAGGACUUGUUUGGUUAAGCACAGAGAACGAGGUGGUAUAAACCGAGGGAUAAUAAAUAAGACAUUCAUA